CAAGAAAUAUCGAUAACUGUGAUAUCACAGCGCGUCUAAGGUCAGAUUCUCUCUCUCACAGCCAUCUUGGAUCCCGAGUCCUGACCUAGCAAACAUGCCCGGUGAAGCCACAGAAACUGUCCCAGUGACAGAGCAGGAGAUGCAGCAGCCACAAGUGGAGACUGCCACACCCUCUGCUCCUGCCGCAGCUGCUGCAGCUCCUGCCAAGCCCAAAGAGGGCAAAGCUGGACAUAAGUUGUCCUCCUCCCCACGGUCCACUGCCCCUAAACCUGUCCCUUCUGGUAGAAGAAAACGUUCCUCACUGUCUGCUUCCUCUUCCUCACCUACCUCUCCCAAAUCUUCUUCUGGUCCUCGUGGUACCCCUACUCUUUCUCCUUUGGCUUCCCCUCUGGCUUCCCCACCAGUUGGCUCUCCAGGUUCAAGUCAUGGAGACAUGGCUGCACCCAAAGUGGUCAAGGCCAAACCUGUGAAGCCCAAGAAAACGGAGUCCUUUAAGCCUGUUAGGUCAGAAGUCCCAGCUGCUGCACCAGAAGUUUGUGUCACUGCCCCUCAGCCCCCCAUUUUGUCUGCUCCAGCUGAGUGCAAAGUAGCUGAAGUUGAAGCCAAACCAGUUGAAUCAAAACCUUUAGUGCCUGAGGCUGAGCCAGUUGAGGCCAAACCCAAAGUAGUUGAGGCCAAACCCAAAGUAGUUGAGGCCAAACCCAAAGUAGUUGAGGCCAAACAAGUUGAACCUAAGCAGGUAGAAGUUAAACCCAAAAUAGUUGAGGCUCUGCCUGUAGACAUUGAGGCCAAACCAGUUGAGGCCCUGCCUGUAGGAGUUAAACCCAAAGUGGUUGAGGCUCUGCCAGUAGAAGUUAAACCCAAAGUGGUUGAGGCUCUGCCUGUAGAUGUUAAACCUGUAGUGGUUGUGGCUGAACCAGUUGAGGUUAAACCCAAAGUGUCUGAGGCCAAGCCAAUCGAAGUGAAAAAAAAACCAUCGUUUCCUCUCCCUGAUCUGCCAUCCUCUCCCAAAACGGCAACUCCUGUGUCAUUCAAAAUUACCUCUCAACCAGCUGCUCCAGCUCCCAAGUCUUUUGCUGAAGCUGUGGCUUGUAGUCCACCUAAAAUGGCACCGGUGUCUCCCAAGAUUGCCCCUGAGCCUCCAAAAGUUCAACCUGUGCCUGUGGUGGUUGCUCCACCAACUGAGACAAAGCCUGAGGUCAAGCCCUCAGUGGUCGCACCUCUCCUUGAUGAUGAUGAUCUUCCCCCACUUAUCCCCCCUGAGAAGCCAGUUACUAUGCCUGUCUUCCAGCCCCCAACAGUUGAGCAGGCUCCACCCAAGGCCACUCCUGUUGUUGCCACUGUAGCACCCCCAGAGGCUGCCCCUGCACCUGCCCAGAAACAUGUAGCAGCACCUGCCCCAAAGCCUACACCUGCUCCAGAACCUGCUCAAAAGCCUACUCCUACACCUGUAGCUGCCCAAAAGCCUGUCCCCACUCCAGAACCUGCUCAAAAGCCUACUCCUACACCUGUAGCUGCCCCAAAGCCUGUGCCCACUCCUACCCCAGCUCCCACUAAAGCCCCAUCAAAACCGGAGCCUGUGAUCAAGAACGACAAGGGGUCUGGUACUGAAUCCGACAGCGACGAGUCUGUGCCUGAGCUGGAGGAACAGGAUUCCGCACAGACACAGACACAGCAGGCACAGCUUGCAGCUGCUGCUGAAAUCGAUGAGGAGCCAGUCAGCAAAGCAAAACAAAGCCGAAGUGAAAAGAAGGCCAGAAAGGCUAUGUCCAAGCUGGGUCUCCGCCAGGUGACUGGAGUUACCAGGGUAACCAUCCGCAAGUCUAAGAACAUCCUGUUCGUCAUCACCAAACCAGACGUGUACAAAAGUCCCGCUUCAGAUACCUACAUUGUGUUUGGUGAGGCUAAGAUCGAGGAUCUGUCCCAGCAAGCCCAGCUGGCGGCUGCAGAGAAGUUCAAGGUGCAGGGAGAGGCCGUCUCAAACAUCCAGGAGAACACGCAGACGCCCACCGUACAGGAGGAGAGCGAAGAGGAAGAGGUUGAUGAGACUGGGGUCGAGGUGAAGGACAUUGAACUCGUGAUGUCACAAGCCAACGUAUCGCGGGCAAAGGCUGUACGGGCCCUGAAGAACAAUAACAAUGACAUCGUCAAUGCCAUCAUGGAACUGACGAUGUAGGAGGACUCCAGUCGGGAUUGAAAUGAGAUGUUGCUGAUUUAAUCUACUAUUAUUUGUACACUUUAUACCCAAGCGAAAUAAAGGUGUGGCUUGACAAAAAGUGAA